CAGACUCGACAACGCGUGUGCUCCAACAGAGUGAACAUCGGACCUGUACUGAGCACGCCUGAUCCUACCAGACGAACCGGCAAUGGAAGGCGGAGGAAGCAAACCUGCAAAGAAGAAGCCAUGGACACUACUCCUCCAUACACUCCACCUCGGGAGGAGCCCAUGGACACCACGCCCCCAUAUGAGCCACCAGAACUGAUGGACACCACACCGCCAUAUGAGCCACCAGAACUGAUGGACACCACACCGCCAUAUGAGCCACCAGAACUGAUGGACACCACACCGCCAUAUGAGCCACCAGAACUGAUGGACACCACACCGCCAUAUGAGCCACCAGAACUGAUGGACACCACGCCCCCAUAAGAAACAUCUUGGGCGGAUCCACACCUCCCCAUGUUCCACCACGGGAAGAGCCCAGGGAUAUCACACUCCCAACAUUCCACCAUGGGAGGAGCCUAUUG